CUUCGUAGGAAUUGAACUUCAUUGGCGCCAAAACUUAGGAAACCUACUAAGAUCAUAAUCGUCAAAAUUGUUGACCAGAACUGAACAGAAAAUAUGGACAGACUCCUUCGACUUGGUGGAGGCAUGCCUGGUCUGGGACAGGGCCCACCUACUGACGCCCCUGCCGUUGACACAGCUGAACAGGUUUAUAUCUCUUCUCUUGCCCUUUUGAAGAUGUUGAAGCAUGGUCGUGCUGGUGUUCCCAUGGAGGUUAUGGGGCUGAUGCUUGGGGAAUUUGUUGAUGACUAUACUGUCAGAGUGAUUGAUGUGUUUGCUAUGCCACAGUCAGGAACGGGGGUCAGUGUCGAGGCAGUUGAUCCCGUGUUUCAAGCCAAAAUGUUGGAUAUGCUAAAGCAGACAGGAAGACCGGAGAUGGUGGUCGGCUGGUACCACAGCCACCCCGGGUUCGGCUGCUGGUUGUCUGGCGUGGAUAUUAAUACUCAGCAAAGUUUCGAAGCCUUGUCCGAAAGAGCCGUCGCUGUCGUGGUGGAUCCCAUUCAGAGUGUAAAAGGAAAGGUUGUUAUCGAUGCCUUCAGAUUGAUCAAUGCUAAUAUGAUGGUCUUGGGACAUGAACCAAGACAAACAACUUCAAAUCUGGGUCACUUAAACAAACCGUCUAUCCAGGCUUUAAUUCAUGGUCUGAAUAGACAUUACUAUUCCAUUACUAUCAACUACAGAAAGAAUGAGCUAGAACAGAAGAUGUUGCUGAAUUUGCAUAAGAAGAGUUGGAUGGAAGGGUUAACUCUCCAGGACUACAGCGAGCACUGCAAACUUAAUGAAACAGUGGUGAAGGAGAUGCUGGAAUUAGCAAAGAAUUAUAACAAGGCUGUAGAGGAAGAAGAUAAAAUGACACCUGAACAGCUGGCAAUAAAAAAUGUUGGCAAGCAGGACCCCAAACGUCAUUUAGAAGAACAUGUGGAUGUGCUGAUGACUUCCAACAUCGUCCAGUGUUUAGCAGCUAUGUUGGAUACUGUUGUGUUUAAAUAACGACUCUUUUGCUCAUCAACGCCGUUUUCUUCUGUAACCAUCCAUUGCUUCAAGCACUGAGACUGAGAUAAAAUUUCGGUGUCAAAGACAUCUGGCAUCAUUUGCAGGCGAAGAGCAGCACUGCAACACCUUUUUCGGCUUUGUUGUGCAAUUACUUCAAGGGUUUUUUUUAAUGCCGGAGUCUUCACAGAUUCCAACUCAGUUCAAUAACACCAGGUUGGGAAAUGUGUCUUUAUGUUUUCAUUUAAUAUCUGAGGGGAAAUCAGCAGUAAAUAUAUAUAUUGAUGGCUGCUACGUACAUAAUCUUUAAAAGAGAUCUGUAACCCAUUUAGUGUUCUGGUGGUUUUGUUCAUAAAUCAGGAGAAAAGGUAUGUGUUGGUACUGCUAUACAUAAUUCAAGCACAGGAGUGUAUCUCAAUAAGGCAAUGUGACAUGAAUGUGAUUUUGUAAAAAGGAAAAAAAUCCUUUUCAGUCUAAGCAAGCAACUUGGUUUUCAGCCUAACAGGGAACACAGUCUCAUUGCUUAGAAAGAACCAAGACUGUAAUGCAGUAGGCUGAAAUGCAACGUAUCACAGAUCUUUCCCAAGUUCACCUUUCUAAAACAGUCCUUUGUGGUUCCUGUUAACCCAUGUGUGUCCUGGGGCUACAUUAAGGAAGAGAGAAGGGGGGGGGGGACUACUCUCUUCCACUGACAGCUUGUUGCUUUUUAAAGCAUUUUGUGGUUCUGAUUGGUUUGCGACUGUGCUCUCUGGGAUUAAAACGUUCCAGGUCG